UACGGAGGAGAAGCAGAACGCUGCAGCUCUUGUGCUCCUUAGGUUUGCGUCUCUUCGAAGACUGAAGAAACCGAAUCGAAGCCUCCUGUCAUUGCACUCGGGCCGUGGGCCGUUCCGUUGGGCGGCGGAAGCUUGCGACGCGCCGUCUCUUGCGUUGCUUACAGGCUCGUUUUCGGCAACUCAGCUGAUAAUCAUCGGUUUUUUCUCAUAUUGCUGGCCGGCAUUGUGUGCUGCUCUUCACUGCUGUGUUUCGUCCUGCUUGGUGCUUGCUAGUCACGGAUCGAGCUCUGUGGUUGAUUUGCAGUGGCGUGGUUUGGUCGACAGUUUGAGGCUCAGACAUGUCGGAUAUCCGCAAAUGGUUUAUGAAGUCUCACGAAAAAGGCAAUGGGAAAGCCACUCCGGGUGAUUCCGGGAAGCCUUCUGCAGCCAAGUCACAGCCCAAGAAACCCACACAGACGCAGUCAGAGGGAUCAGCCAGAAGGAAAACUAGCAAAUAUUUUGCUGAUAAACAAAAGCCAAAAGAUGAAAAAGAAACAGAUGAAGUCCCUGCAAAGAGAAAACCUCAGACAGAUAUUCCUGAAGCUCAGAAACCCCGACUAUCGAAAAAGCUUCAUAAGGUUGAUGAUGACGAUGACGAUGACUUCAUGCCAUCCAAUGCUAAAAGUACCACUGAUGUCUCCCCGACCAAGAAAUUGAAGAGCUGCUCCGGUAGGGGGAUCCCGAAGAAAUCAGUAGAUGUUGAAGAAUCUGAUGAAGACGAUGCUAAGGAUACCAAAUCUCCUCUUAAACCUAGUGGAAGGGGGCGUGGUGGUAGAGCUGCAUCGGCACCAGCUGGAGGAAGAGGCAGAGGUGGCGGUGGACGAGGUGGAUUCAUGAAUUUUGGAGAGAGGAAAGAUCCUCCACACAAAGGAGAGAAGGAAGUGCCAGAAGGCGCACCUGAUUGUUUAACGGGUUUGACUUUUGUAAUUAGUGGAACACUUGACAGCCUGGAGAGAGAAGAAGCAGAGGAUCUUAUAAAACGCCAUGGAGGUCGUGUUACUGGAUCUGUCAGCAAGAAAACGAGCUACCUUUUAUGUGAUGAAGAUAUUGAAGGACGGAAGUCCGCUAAAGCCAAAGAACUGGGUACUCCAUUUCUCACCGAGGAUGGAUUGUUCGAUAUGAUUCGUGCUUCAGUUAGUACAAAAGCAUCAGGUCAAGAGAAAAAUAAGAAAUCUGCUGAGAAAGUUGCUUCAUCUGCGGCCAAGGGAAGUCCGCAGAAAGUAGAUGCUAAGAAAGAAAGCAAAAGCAGUACUGUGGCAUCCAAUGUAUCCGCCCAAAUUUUGAACUCAACUUCGAAGCCUCCUUUACCCAAACAUCAGUCUACUGGGGCUACGUUGGUAUGGACUGAAAAGUACAGACCAAAGGUUCCAAAUGACAUUAUUGGGAAUCAAUCUCUGGUGACUCAGCUUCAUAACUGGUUGUCCCAUUGGAAUGAACAGUUUCUUGAUUUUGGGAAAAAGGGAAAGGGGAAAAAACAGAAUGAUCCUAAUGCUAAGAAGGCUGUUUUAUUAAGUGGAUCUCCUGGUAUAGGGAAGACUACAACAGCAAAAGUGGUCUGUAAGAUGCUAGGUUUCGAGGCAGUUGAGGUAAAUGCUAGUGACAGCCGUGGAAAGGCAGACAGCAAAAUUUCCAAAGGGAUCAGUGGAAGAAAUGUCAAUUCCAUUAAGGAACUUGUGAGCAAUGAAUCAUUGGGUGUUAACAAGGAUUGGAUAAAGCAUCCAAAGUCCGUGCUUAUUAUGGACGAAGUAGAUGGGAUGUCCGCUGGAGAUAGAGGUGGAGUUGCGGAUCUCAUUGCUAGUAUAAAGAUUUCAAAAAUUCCAAUCAUAUGCAUCUGCAACGAUCGCUACAGUCAGAAGUUGAAAAGUCUUGUAAACUACUGCUUGCCCCUCAAUUUUCGGAAGCCAACAAAGCAACAGAUGGCAAAACGAUUGAUGCAAAUAGCUAAGGCAGAGGGCCUACAAGUUAAUGAGACUGCUCUUGAGGAACUCGCGGAGAGAGUCCAUGGUGAUAUGCGCAUGGCUUUGAAUCAGCUGCAGUACAUGAGCCUGUCGAUGUUCGUUAUUAAAUAUGAUGACAUUAAACAACGGCUGCUGAGCAGUGCAAAGGAUGAAGAUAUUUCACCAUUCACAGCAGUUGAUAAGUUGUUCGGCUUUAAUGGUGGAAGGUUAAGAAUGGACGAGCGAAUUGAUCUGAGCAUGAGUGAUCCUGAUCUGGUCCCUCUCCUUAUACAGGAAAAUUACCUGAACUAUAGGCCAUCCGGAGCUAACAAGGAUGAUAAUGGACUGAAAAGAAUGUCUUUGAUUGCACGUGCCGCUGAGUCUAUAGCAGAUGGUGACAUUGUUAAUGUACAGAUUCGAAGAUACCGUCAGUGGCAGCUCUCUCAGACCAGUUGCCUCUCAUCCUCUAUAAUCCCCGCUGCAUUGUUGCACGGACAGAGGGAGACACUUGAACCAGGAGAGCGUAAUUUUAAUAGAUUCGGUGGUUGGCUAGGAAAGAAUUCAACACUGGGGAAAAAUUUGAGGCUCUUGGAUAAUCUGCAUGACCAUAUUCUAGCUUCUCGUGAAUCUAACUCGGGGAGGGAAACUCUGCGAGUUGAAUACCUGAGUCUUCUUCGGGAUAGACUAACUAACCCCCUCAAAACAAUGCCUAAGGAUGAAGCUGUUGCACAAGUGGUGGACUUCAUGAAUACCUACUCCAUUAGUCAGGAAGACUUUGAGACUAUCACGGAGUUGUCCAAAUUUAAGGGGCAUCCGACUCCACUGGAGGGUGUUCCACCAGCUACUAAAGCAGCUUUGACCAGAGCAUACAACGAGUCGAGCAAGUCGCGCAUGGUACGAGCUGCUGAUUUGGUGACGCUUCCCGGGCCCAAGAAGGCUCCUAAGAAGCGAAUAGCAGCUAUGUUGGAACCAUCUGAUGAGGGAUUAGGAGAGGAGAAUGGAGAGGCUCUGGUAGAAAGUGAAGAAGAGGACUCUUCAGAGAUUGAAGACAAGGAAGAUGCUGCUGAUGGUGAGAAGCUGCAGAAGGAUCUCGAAGGAUUGAAAUCCAAAGCUAUCCAAGUGCAACUGGAUCUAAAGGAGAACGAGAAGUCGAGCGGCAAGAAGAAGGCACCCGCAGGUAGGGGAAGAGGUGGGUCGGGAUCUUCUGCCGCCUCAAAGAGAGGCGGAGGUCAGAGCUCAGGUUCUGCUGGCAAGAGAAAGAGAUGAAACGGCUUUUCUGUAGGUAGGUGCAUUUUGCAGAAGGCGGCAUUUUCCAAUGUACAUAAGCUGCCUUUUUCGGAUUGUGCACCAAACUUGUUUGGUGAGGCAGGAAGCUUUGCUUGUUGAUAAUAUCCUGGAGGCAGGACAUAUUUUCAGGUGUGUAUUAUGGAAUGAGCCCUGUCGUAUUACACGGCCUUCAUUCUGAUCUCUUCAGGGAUGUCCCUUUGGUCCGACCGAAAGAUGAGACACAAUUGUCACUUUGAAUUACUGCCUUUGGUUCCAAUAGUU